AUGGUGCAGUACUUCCCUUCCAUCUCGCCCGACCACCAGGAAUGGCUCCUCAGCCAGCCUGUCUACUUCGUGGCCUCUGCCCCCAACCGCGGGAAACACAUCAACAUCUCGCCCAAGGGCCUGCCGGCGACGUCUCUCGCCAUCCUCGGUCCUAACCAGGUGGCCUAUCUCGACGCUACAGGCUCCGGCAACGAGACCAUUAGCCAUGUCCGGGAGAACGGGCGGGUGACGGUCAUGUUCUGCUCCUUUGGCGCCUCGCCGCGCAUCAUGAGGCUGUUCUGCACCGGGAGCAUCGUGGAGUAUACCGAUCCCGCGUUCAGAGGCUGGCUGAGCAGGAUGAACCUGGCAAAGGACUAUAUCCGCGGCGUCAGGGCCGUCAUCGCCUUGGACGUCUUCCUCGUGCAAACGUCCUGCGGCUACGGAGUCCCUCGUCUCGCUCUGCAGACGGACGCUGCUACAGGCGCAGUGAAGCCCUAUCUGCAGGACCGCGAGACGCUGGUCGCCUGGGGAGAGAAGAAGGACGGUACAAAGGAGCUGCUCGAAGCCCAGUGCAAGUGGAAUCUGGAGUCGCUCGACGGUCUUCCGGGCCUGCGCACUGCUCUGCAGGGCACCGGGAAGUCGAACAUCGCCAUCAGCCUGUCCAUCGCCGCGAACAGGUAUCGUCGGCUGCUGGAGCUCGCUGGCGCCGUCUUCGUCACGGUGUUGACUCUGUGGCUGGCAGGGUGUCUCAAGAUGCCGCCCGCGCUGCUCGAUCGUAUGGCUUCAUUAUAA